GGCAGGGCCGGCAGAGUUCCCACGGGUCGUGGGCGGCGGUGUGAUUGGCACCGUCUGGGUCCCCGGCUGGCGGCGACGCUCCGGGAAGCCCGUCCCCGCCCUCGCCCCCAUCCUCCUCCUGGCGGCUCCGGGGACUAGAAUCCGUCAGGAACCAAGCCCCAAACUUUCCCUCGCCUCCCCACCCCCCACGUUCUUUUUGUCCUUCUUGGCAGUGGCGGAGACGCCUUAGCUGCGAUCCCCUUGUCCCGGCCUCGCUCCCGGUGUCCCACCCGUAACCCAGACGGGCAGGGGUGCUGGCACUCCUCGCGUCCGAUGCCCCCCACAGGCGCGAGUCAGGGCGCCCGCACCCGGGCCUGACUCAUCCUCCCCCGGUGACCGCGCCGCGUCCUCGGCCGGAGCCGCGCGGGGAUGGGGAGUGAGACCACGGCUGCCCGAGACUGCCCACGCUCCGCCUGACGCCCCCGACCCCGCCGCCUCCCCGGCUGCUCCCAGGAGGCGCACUCCUGCCGCGACAGCUACGGGAGCGGGGAGCCCCGGAGAGAGGCCGCCGGAAGCCCGAGAGCCCGCGCUCAGGACAGGAGGGUGGCUUGAACUGUUAAAAUGAAACCGUUGCUGCGGAAGCUGCCAGCUUGCCAGUAUGCAAGACAUCAGCAGAGAUGUCCCAGUUGCAGAGCUGAAGCGCUUAUGACCACCCCUCAUCUCAGAACAGCUACAGGAACUGCUCUCAGCAGCGUGGCUACCAGGAUUUGUGGAGCAACAUCGGAGAGAUGCUAAUAAGUGCCAAGAUCAUUUUCACUGAUAACUAGGCCUGGGAAAUCCAGAACACACUGGCGACCUUCCAAUAGACCUGAAAGAAAGGCUGGAGAGAAAGGGUCAUGUGGACAUGGGUUACUUCACAGCUUGGAGAAGACUCCCAAAUCUGCAAGCAACACGCAUGCAUCCAUCCUGCCGAGGCCAUGGAAGGCUGCUCACCGUCAUCUAUACCACAAAUAAGCCACCUUUCCCCAGAGCAAAAUCACCAUCCACAUUAGCACUGAAACAUGCCACCCCAUAAUCUACAGGCUCUUGCACAUUAAGCUUCUUGUGAAGUUUUCUAACCUAUGGCAUUUUUAAAGCAUCCUUUUAUAGCUAGUGAUUUUUACUCUCCCCACCCAUGUGUAAAAUCCAAUCAGGAUUUCUCUAAGAGCAAGGGAUGAAAAUGUGUGGAGGGAGGCCUCGCGGAGGGAUGACAAGACGCUCUGCGCCACUCGUAAAAGGAAAGAAUUCUCUAAUGUUGGCAACACAACUCCUUUAGCACCUAGCAACGUAGUUCAUGAAUCUUUCAGAGAAACCCCACAGGUAAUGCCUGAAUGAGCACGAGAGGAAGCAAUGAUAGCCACUGGUGGGGUCAUCACCGGCCUGGCGGCCCUGAAGCGUCAGGACUCGGCUAGGUCCCAGCAACACAUCAACCUCAGCCCAUUGCCUGCUCCCCAGGACCAGAAACCCGUCCGACGGCGCCCGCGAGCUGACGUCGUGGUAGUUCGUGGGAAAAUCCGGCUUUAUUCUCCAUCCGGCUUCUUCCUCAUUCUGGGGGUGCUGGUGUCCAUCACUGGGAUCGCCAUGGCGGUCCUCGGGUAUUGGCCCCAGAAGGAGCAGUUCAUUGACGCCGAGACCACGCUGUCCACCAAUGAGACGCAGGUGGUUCGGAACCAGGGCGGCGUGGUGGUGCGCUUCUUUGAGCAGCACCUACACUCUGACAAGAUGAAGAUGCUUGGCCCAUUCACCAUGGGCAUCGGCAUCUUCAUCUUCAUCUGUGCCAACGCCAUCCUUCACGAGAACCGCGACAAAGAAACGAAAAUUAUCCACAUGAGGGAUAUCUACUCGACCGUCAUCGACAUCCACGCGCUCAGACUCAAGGAGCAGAAGCAGGCGAACGGCCUGUACACGGGCUUGCUGGGAGACGCAGAGGUGAGGCAGAACGGCAGCCCCUGUGCAUCCCGGCUGGCUGCCACCACCGUGGCCUCCUUCUCGGCGACGCGGAACAGCUUUCGGGUGGACAGCUCUGUGGAGGAGGAUGAGCUGAUGCUGAGUGAAAGUAAGAGCCCGGGGCACCUCAUGCCCCCUUUGCUCUCUGACAGCGCAGUGUCUGUCUUCGGCCUUUAUCCACCUCCAUCCAAGACCACCGACGACAAGGCCAGCAGCUCCAAGAAGUGUGACACCAAAUCCAUCGUCUCGUCAUCCAUCAGCGCUUUUACGCUGCCUGUGAUCAAACUUAAUAACUGUGUCAUUGAUGAGCCCAGUAUAGACAGCAUCACUGAAGUCGCAGACAACCUUAAAAGCAGGUCCAGGAAUCUUUCCAUGGAUUCCCUUGUGGUCCCACUGCCCAGCUCUGGGGAGUCCUUCCAGCCAGCUAGCACAUUACUUCCCCGGAACAAUUCCGUUGGGGAGUCCCUGUCGAGUCAAUACAAGUCCUCUGUGGCCCUGGGACCCGGGACUGGACAACUCUUGUCUCCUGGAGCUGCUAGAAGGCAGUUUGGAUCCAACACAUCCUUACAUUUGCUCUCCUCUCACUCCAAAUCCUUAGACUUGGAUCGCGGGCGUUCCACCCUGACUGUGCAGGCCGAACAACGGAAGCACCCGAGCUGGCCUCGGUUGGAUCGAAGCAACAGCAAAGGGUACAUGAAACUGGAGAACAAAGAGGACCCAAUGGACCGGUUGCUGGUUCCCCAAACAGCCAUCAAAAAAGACUUCACGAACAAAGAGAAACUUCUCAUGAUAUCAAGAUCCCAUAACAACUUGAGUUUCGAACAUGAUGAGUUUUUGAGUAACAACUUGAAACGAGGAACUUCUGAGACAAGGUUUUAGUGUUUAAAAAUGGAUCAUUUUCCAUGAAGAUAUAUACUAUUUUCACCAGUGUUUUCCUUCUUAAAUCAUUGGUUGUAAGCCUUUUAAAAUCAAAUGGCAGCGUGUUAGUAAUGGCUGGUUAAAUCUGUAAUGAAGAUGGCUGUAUGUAUGGGUUCUUUUUUCCUGCAGUACUGUAGACUAUCAUGCAGGAUUUUGUUUUCUCACUCUUCGAAAGCAUGUUAUUUUUGGUUGUUGUUGUUGUUGUUGACGUGAAUACAAAAUACCUGCAGUCAUAUUAAGAACUUGGCUUUACUUUCAAAUCCUAUCACUGAUUAUCAUCUUCAUGAAAUGAAGCAGCCAGAAUGAAAAGUGUAGGGUACCAAAGUGUGGGCAAGAAGUGUUAAAUUCAGGUCCAAUACUCGGUAGAUAUAUUUAUAAAUGAGGGUGAGUGCAAUCUUAAGAUGUGAUUUUCUGAAUUAUUGUUUUAUAUGGGAUUCCUUACAUAAUAUAAAAGGAGAAUUAAUUUCUGUUACAUGUGCUGUGAAUCUUACUUUGAACUCUUCAUGAUCAGCACCACACCAUUUCUCUUAGGGUGAUAUUUUAAUGAAAAAAAAAAAAAAAAAAAAAAAAAAACAUGACCAAGAAGUCCAUGGUUUAGAGAUAAACAGUGAAAAGCUACUAGUUGUAACUGUAGAGGCCCAGAACAAAAAUUUCUCUGCAAAGUGAUUUGAGAAAUGAAUGAACUAAUGAAUGUAGUCUGUAGAAUUUUUGUCUUGACACAUGCAGAGAAAAUGCUGCCUAAGGAAUAAAGAUUCUAUUUGCUAGCAUCUAACUUUUUCUAACCAUCUUCUGUUGUCCAGUAUUCAAUCAUUCCCAUAUCCUUAUUUUCUUCAUAUAUAGAUAUACACACAUAUAUUUUAUUAUUUGGAAAAUAAUGCUAACCUCGGCAUUUUUUAAUAUCUCCACAUACCACUAGCUUGGUGGUAAAAGGAACUUUAGCACUUGAUAAACUGCCUUGUGGUUCACCGUGUGCUGAGAAACUUUCUGCUAACUCCAAAGACUUUCUCGUGGUUGAAUAAAUUUUUCGGGUUUUGGUUCUCAAAUAUAUUAAACUGUCAAAGAUACUAAAUACUAAAGUGAAUGUUUUCUUCAGACUUUUUUUUUCACAUUUUCCAUGAAGGUGACAUAGUUUUAAGAAUUGUUCAGUGGGGUCCUAGACAUUAAAAGCAUUUGCUGCUCUUGGAGAGAACCAUGAUAUGGUUUCUGUCACGCCCACGGUGGCCCAGUCAUCUGUACAUCCACUUUCAGGGGAUCUAACAGUUUCUUCUGGCAUCUGUGGGCACCAGGGAGGCAUAUGCUUCACAUAUAUACACAUAGGCACUUACACACAUAAAAUAAAAUCUUUAUUUAGCAAAAAGUCUAAUGGAAUACUCAGGAAAUUUUUUCUGUUUUUUUUUCCCCCAAAGCCUAAACAUUUCUGAACAUUCUUAUCACAGUUGCAAAGAAGGGCAGAAAGGAUACAUUUGUACAGUGGCGCCCCAGAAUUCCACCCUGUGUUUACACAUUUUUCCUUCUUGGGAGGCACCCUGCUUCAUAGAACCUCAAGCCUGUAUGUUAAAAUAGACUGAGCUCAAUAUUUUACUAUACAAACAUUUAAUAAAUGUCUGUUAUUCAUAGAAGUGUGUGUUCUUCAUACCUUUGCUAUUCUUUUUAAAUAAAAUGUACAUUUAUGCUUAAAAUCCUAGUUUGCAAAUUUUCUGCUGUAUGCUAUUGAUAGCAUUUAAUACCACGGUACAUGAGCGCUCCGACUUUAAAUAUUGCCUUUGUUAGGUUACAGAGAUGCUCAGGUACUCCUUUUAUUAUGUUAUUUUCAUACAUUGUUCUCCCGAGAUAGUUUUCAUCUCAUUUUGAUUGACUUCCCAGGAAAAUAAGCAAAGCCUACAUGCAGCACAGAAAUGCUAACAGCACAACAGUUCUCAACAUGCCUGGUGUGACAUGUGACAUAAUUUCCAAGUCUUUCCCCAUUUAGUGGUCCAGAUACAUGGAGAGGAUGGAACAGCAUGGCUCUUGGAGGAUCUAAAUAAAACAACUGGGAGCUAAAUGCAGUGGCUCAUACCUAACCACUUCUUCAUUAAAACCCCGGGCUUUUGUUUACCAAACAACUUAACUUCAUCGAAUGAUAAAUAGUCUUCACAUUUAAAUUAAUCAGACUCAUCAUGUCACUAU